AAAAGAAAAAUGUGCUUUCUUCUUUAUUUGUUUUUAGACUGGUGAAUAUAAUAUUCAUACACAAACUUAUUUUCCUUAUAUGAAAUGCUUAUUUACUUGAAAAUCAAAGCAAUAGUAUACACAACUUUUUCCCAUUUUACCAAAAUUCGAAAUUUGAUUUCUGCAUUUUAUUUGCUUUGACCCGGAACAUACCCGGUCAGAUGACCUUUUUACCGCCGUUUUUAUGAAGUUCCUUAAUUGAAGGUGCUUUACCACACGUGGAAGUUAGUUCGGCUGAAAGAUGGAACAGUAUAUUCUUUUUAAAGGGAGCAAAAGGGUAACACUGAAGGAUGAUGAUAUGAGCGCGGAGAAGAUAGGUAGGAUUUUUCAGGUUUCAUCGCAGACUGUGUACUUGACUGAUGAUUCGAAUAUCGCAAUUUUCCCAAAUCAGUCGGGUUACUUAAGUACCUUAGACCUCACUGCACGGGGACAUUAUGAGGUCCAUGGGGAUGAAGUAGAGAAAGGACUUCUCUCCCCAGGAACACACCCAGCAGUUGCUCCGCGUUUUUCUUUUACCCGCACUGUUCCACCCUCUGCUGCUGCUGGUUCACCUGCCGCUGCAGCUGCACCUCCAAGAGCCUCCAUGACUCGCUCAUUUCAGAGAUCCAUUUACAUUGCUGAUUCAGUUCAUGGUAAACUGAGGCCGAGCAGGAUGGUGGUUGUCCGUUUCCUAGAAUGUGAGGCUACAGUACAUGGCAUUAUUGGGAAAGUUCAAGAUGCUCUUGGCAGUUAUGAUCCAGUAAUUCUCACUGAUGCCCAGGGUAACGAGAUACUUGAUUCUGAAGGAACUAAAGGGUCCCUCUACUGGAAGCAGAAUGCCCGGAAGGUUUUUGCCAUCUCCGAACAAGAUUUCACAGAGUUUCAGGGCACCAAGAGAAAGAGAAGCUCAAGUCGAAAAGAUGAUGAGACUUCAGGUCUACAAGAUGUGUACGAAAAGAUAGAGGAGGUGGUUCUGGCCUCACAGGGCCUUCAGCAAGUUAUCUCAUCUAUCAAAGAGCUUUCUGAGCUGUCCAGUCAAACAUCUGCCAAAACCUUGACUGAUGUCCAAAUGCAGAAAAUAAAAGCAGCUUUCACUUGCAUAGUCUGCAAGGGACCCAUAGAUCAACCGGUAUUUGCCACCUGCUGUAGAAGCCUGAUCGGAUGCAAGCUUUGUGUUGAUCAGUGGAUGGCUACUGCAUCACAGUGCUUGAAAUGCAGGGGGGAAGAUCUCAGUAACAAUGUCUUUCUUGCAGUGGGUCUUUCUGAAGUUUUGUUAGCUCUUAGUGACAUUAUUAAGGUAGAGUAGCGCUGCAUUACACAGACAAUUGUUACCUGUUAAGUGAUUGACGUUUAGUUCAGUGGUUUAAUGGACAGCUUAUUUUGUUGAAACAAGAACAAGAAAAACAUUUUUUGUUAAUUGCAUUUGUCAGCAUCAUGUUGAUGCUAAACAGUUAGUCUAAUAUUUUGUUUCUAGAAAGAGCACUUGAUAGGAAAACAUAUAACAACCAAUAAGCAUGUUCUUUAUGAGUAUCUUUGAGUUAGAGUGACUAGAGUGAUCAAAGCCUCUUUAAAAGGCAAAAAGUUUUUGUUGACUGCAUUAUUGAGCAAAACAGCAAUGUCUGGCCACUUCUCUGAAAACAGUUGUUCCACUGUAGCCUUCUCAUGUUCGCUUGUGAAAGGGUCCAUUCCAAAGGAAGAAACCCUUGUCAAAGAGGACCCCAGUGUGUCCAUGUACAGAUCAGCUGCUUCAGUUCCAUUGGGCAGUAGUGCUGCUGAAAUGUUUUUUGCAGAACCACCCUGUGCAAGCUGGUUGGGGAUUCCUUUUCCUGUAACAGUUGGGAAAUGUUAACUCCUAUUAAAUGUUGUGAAUGUCAA